AUCUGGAUGAAUUUUCUAUCGAUCCUUCUCAAUUAAUUGGAAUUGUUCCAUUGAAUGGAUCUUCAUUAACAAAACGUAAACGAACUUAUCCUAUAAGCCCGACAUUACUCAAUGUUCAUAAUGAUGCUGAUAAUUGGAAUAAUCCGUUGAUUUAUAAUCUUCCAUUUGCUCAAUAUUCAUCAAAUACUUCUCGAAAACCUCGAUUAAAAGCAACUCUCAAAUCUCCAUUAAUGAAAGUUAGACAUAAAUUUAGAUUUGUAUUGAUGUUUGAAGAUGAUACUGAAACUGAUUGGGAAUUAGAAAUUCCAAUUAAU